AAAACAUAUUAUUUUUCAAGAAAAAUGAGAGAAAUUCUCCAUAUUCAAGCUGGACAAUGUGGAAACCAGAUCGGUGCAAAGUUUUGGGAGGUUGUUUGCGAUGAACACGGGAUCGAUUCCACCGGAAAGUACAACGGAAACACCCAUGUCCAACUAGAGAGGGUCAAUGUGUAUUACAACGAGGCUACCGGUGGACGAUACGUCCCCAGGGCCGUUUUGGUCGACUUGGAGCCCGGCACGAUGGACAGUCUGCGUGCCGGACCUUACGGCAAAAUUUUCCGUCCAGAUAAUUUCAUUUUCGGCCAAAAUGGUGCCGGAAACAAUUGGGCCAAGGGUCAUUACACCGAAGGUGCCGAGUUAGUUGAUGCGGUUUUAGAUGUUGUCCGUAAGGAAGCCGAGAAUUGUGAUUGCUUACAAGGAUUCCAAGUAUGUCAUUCGCUUGGAGGAGGUACUGGAUCGGGGAUGGGUACGUUAUUGAUAUCAAAGAUCCGAGAGGAAUAUCCCGAUCGGAUGAUGUUGACGUUUUCGGUUUUCCCGUCACCUAAGGUGUCAGACACGGUGGUUGAGCCUUAUAAUGCCACCCUUUCGGUCCAUCAAUUGGUUGAAAAUGCCGACGAAUGCAUGGUACUUGAUAAUGAAGCAUUGUACGAUAUCUGUUUUCGAACCCUCAAGCUCACCAACCCAAGUUUUGGAGACUUAAACCACUUGAUAUCAACCACGAUGAGUGGGGUGACCUGCUGUCUCCGGUUCCCCGGUCAACUCAACUCCGACCUCCGUAAGCUCGCCGUGAAUCUCAUCCCAUUCCCGCGCCUCCACUUCUUCAUGGUCGGAUUCGCACCGUUAACCUCCCGUGGAUCCCAACAUUACCGUGCCCUCACCAUCCCGGAGCUCACCCAACAAAUGUGGGAUGCCAAGAACAUGAUGUGCGCCGCCGACCCCCGUCACGGCCGCUACCUCACCGCCUCCGCCAUGUUCCGUGGCAAAAUGUCCACCAAAGAAGUCGACGAGCAAAUGAUCAAUGUACAAAACAAAAACUCCUCCUAUUUCGUUGAAUGGAUCCCCAAUAAUGUGAAAUCCAGCGUCUGUGACAUCCCUCCGACUGGACUGGCGAUGUCGUCGACUUUUAUGGGGAAUUCGACGUCGAUUCAGGAGAUGUUCCGGCGAGUUUCCGAACAGUUCACGGUGAUGUUUAGGAGGAAGGCUUUCUUACAUUGGUAUACCAGUGAGGGGAUGGAUGAGAUGGAAUUCACGGAGGCGGAGAGCAACAUGAAUGAUCUGGUGUCGGAGUAUCAACAGUAUCAAGAUGCGGUGGCCGAUGAUGUCGAAGAAGAAGAGUACGAAGAAGACGAAGAAGAAAAUUAAGUGUGGAUUUUUGAAUUAUUAUUAUUAUAUUUUCUGUUUUAUUUUUUGUCUUGAUUUCGGGAUGUUUUUAUAUGGAGUGAUUAUUGAUUUCACAUGUAUCUAUCAUCGUUAAUAUGUCGAACUUAUUCGUUUUUUAUUUGUGAAUAAAAUAUUAUAUUUUGAUUUUUUUUAU